CACUGCCACAAGCAACUUCGUCACUCCAUCCGUCCAAACCCAGGCACGGCAUGCUUUCCAUGUUUCGGGCAAUCACGCGGAGGCGCAUAGCUUGGUCAACCAUCAACUCCACGACAUCCAUUCACGAUUGCCCUCUCGUUCCUUCUCUUUCCCUGCCUUGUAACAGACAUCUUUCACGACUCUUAACAACCCGAUAACCCCCAUUUCUGCGUGCAGAGGAAGGAGUAUCAAAUCUGCAAACAUGUCCUGGGCGGGCUUCAAAAAGAAUGUCAACCGCGCGACGACGCAGGUGAUGAUGAAGACCGGCCAUGUCGAAAAGACAAACGACCGGGACUAUGAAGUCGAAGAGAGGCGGUUCAAAACAAUGGAGGCGGCGUCGUUGCGGUUACAAAAGGAGGCCAAGGGAUAUCUCGACUCAUUACGAGCCAUGACCGCUUCUCAGAUGCGAAUCGCCGAGACGAUAGAUGCGUUUUACGGCGACUCCGGCGCUAAGGACGGCGUGAGCAGGAGCUACAAGCAGGCGGUGGAAGAUCUCGACUCCGAGACGAUCAAGGCCCUGGAUGGGCCAUACCGGACAACAGUUCUGGAACCAAUCUCGCGCUUUUGCGCUUAUUUCCCCGACGUAAACGAAUGCAUCAAAAAGCGCGGCCACAAGCUCCUCGACUACGACGCGCUCCGCGCCAAGGUGAAGAAGCUGGUCGAGAAGCCGGACAAGGACGUGACCAAGCUCCCGCGCGCCGAGAAGGAGAUGGAGAUGGCCAAGGCGGCCUACGAGCAGCUCAACGAGCAGUUGUGCUCGGAGCUGCCGCAGCUCAUCGACCUCCGCGUGCCGUAUCUAGACCCGUCGUUCGAGGCCCUCGUCAAGAUCCAGCUGCGGUUCUGCGCAGAGGCCUAUAGCCGCAUGGCCCAGGUCCAGCAGUACCUCGACGCCGACACUCGGGAGCAGUACGCCCAGGGCCAUUUGGACACGAGGGUGGAACAGGUGCUGCAGGAAAUCAGGGAGCUAAGCAUCAGCGGGACAGUCUGAUCUCAUUUCUACUGGAGUAUGAAGAGGGGACACCGUAUGGAAUGUGGGCCCGACUUUUUGACCCUUAUACGGCAAUUGGCGAGCGGUCGAGAUCACGCUUUUACUUUAUUUUUCGGCGUACCGGUUUGGCGUUGGGCUAAAUCAUAC